UGCCCGCCACCUGCACGGAAACGUCAUUUCUCAACCUACCACAGCUCAGACACAGCACACAGACCCAAAUCCGAUAUCUGCCACCACCACCAACCUUGGCCAUGGCGGACAGCAUCCCAACCCAGAUCGCAGAAACAAUCCAAACAGCGCACAUCCAACGCGCACCCUCCCCGCGCCACGACCUCAACCCCUCGUCCUCGAUGUCGGAACGGACGCCUGUGCGCUUGGCCCGACAGACGCACGCUCACUCGCACUCGCGCUCGCAUAGACGGAGGUAUGGGUCGAUUGAUGGGUUGGACGAUGAUAUAGAUUACGGCGACGAGGAGGAGGAAGAGGAGGAUGAUGAGGAUAUCCCGAUUAGUGUCCUGAGGCCCCGGCCGAGAACGCGCAGUUUUCCCCCGAUGCCGGAUUUGAGGUUCGAGCAGAGCUAUUUGCAUAGUAUUUCGAAGGCGGAGAGUUGGUGGCGGGUUGGCUGGAUUACGGUGCGGGAUCAGAUGAUGAUGCCGUUCGCGCAAGGCGUCCUGUAUAACCUCGCGAUCUGCGGCUGGCACCACUGGAACAAGAACGCGCGCAUCAGCGGGAACUCGACCGGUGCGCGCUUGCGCCGCUGGUGGUACGGCGUUAAUAAGUGGCCUUUACCCCCCGCGGCGGGGAAAUCGUCACAGCGGCUGGGGCAGAGGCAGUUGACGCAGUUUCAGACUAUACAGGAGAAGGUGAGGUGGUGAACCCCUUUUCCACAACACAAAUGAAGAAAGAAAGAAAGAAAAAUGAAUAUAUACCCCCCGUUCUGUUGUUUCGUUUGGGAAGAGAGAGAACGUGUGUUUAUAUGAAUGUGUGUGUUUUC